AUGCCUGUUGGGAGCGCCCCCAUUUGAAGUUUUUCUUUUUCCUUUUUUUUUUGCUGCUUUCAGUUCGCAUCUGGAUCAACUGGAUGAGGGCGCGACUGCGAAGCGGCCGAUUCUCAAUUUCCAAUUCGUUUUUUUUUUUUUUUUUUUUAAAUCGUUACUUCCUCCGAAAGUUUUCGAUACAUUUAUUUUUAUAUAGUUUAUUAUAUAUGUAUGUAUAUUUAAAAAAGACUGCUCGGCACUGUAACUAAUUUUUGAUGAAGUUUCUCCAAACAACUUAAAAAACACCCAUUAGAACGCAUUUUUGUAAUAUAUAUAUAUAUAUUUUUUUUUUUAUUUUGUCUUUUGGAGGACACGACUUGGUGUCUGACACCGCAGGAGUUGAGCGUCGGACCGAAGUGAAGCUUUGAGUUGGGACGGGGGAGCUCGCCAACGCCUUUCUGGACUGCUCGGCGUCUCUCUCGGCGACCCAUAUGAGCCGCUGAAAAACAACAACAACAAAAAAAAAACCAACAAUAUUUCAAAAGCAGCAGGGAGAAGUAGUUCUGAAAGCCGCCAUGGGCUGCACCAUCAGCGCCGAAGACAAAGCCGCGGUGGAGAGGAGCAAGAUGAUCGAUAAAAACCUGCGAGAGGACCGAGAGAAGUUGCUGAGGGAAGUCAAGCUGCUGUUGCUCGGUGCCGGGGAAUCGGGGAAAAGCACGCUAGUCAAGCAGAUGAAAAUCAUUCACGAAGAUGGCUACUCGGAGGAAGAGUGCAGUCAGUACAAAGUGGUGGUCUACAGCAACACCAUCCAGUCCAUCAUGGCAAUCAUCCGGGCGAUGGGGCGCCUAAAGAUCGACUUUGCUGACGAGUCCCGAGCGGACGAUGCCCGGCAGCUGUUCGCGCUCGCCAGCUCGUCGGAGGAAGGGGCGAUGUCGGCCGAGCUCGGCGGCGUGAUCCGCCGGCUGUGGGCCGACCGCGGCGUCCAGGCCUGCUUCGACAGAUCGCGAGAAUACCAGCUCAACGACUCCGCGCCAUACUACCUGAACGACUUGGAUCGGCUCUGUCAGCCCAACUACAUCCCGACCCAACAGGACGUCCUGCGGACGCGCGUCAAGACAACGGGCAUCGUGGAAACUCACUUCACCUUCAAAGAGCUCUACUUCAAGAUGUUUGAUGUGGGAGGUCAACGCUCGGAGAGGAAGAAGUGGAUUCAUUGUUUUGAGGAAGUCACGGCCAUCAUUUUCUGCGUCGCCCUCAAUGAUUACGAUCUGGUCUUGGCUGAGGACGAGGAGAUGAACCGCAUGCACGAAAGCAUGAAGCUCUUUGACUCCAUCUGCAACAACAAGUGGUUCACAAACACCUCCAUCAUCCUCUUCCUCAACAAGAAGGACCUGUUUGAGGAGAAGAUCGGCAAGAGUCUGCUCACGAUCUGCUACCCGGACUAUAAGGGUGAUAAUUCGUACGAGGACGCGGCGAUGUACAUCCAGGGCCAGUUUGAAGACCUGAAUAAACAAAAGGACAGCAAGGAGAUCUACACCCACUUCACUUGUGCCACGGACACCAAGAACGUGCAGUUUGUGUUUGACGUCGUCACGGAUGUCAUCAUCAAACUCAACCUGACGGAUAUCGGGCUUUACUAAAAGCCACGAAGGCAUCACGAGGGGCCUCCGCUCGUCUUGGCUGCUACACUCCGUGGUGUCUGGAACGCGUUUUACAAACGAGUGAGCCGGUGCUGUCUGCUGCGAUCGCGGCACCCGGCAUCGCGGGGGGGUUGGGGGGGGGGGGGGACUUGCUUGGCGGUAGCUUUUAGCCUUGGCCCAGUUUACGCCGGGAUGAGAGCGGCUAGCGAGGGUGUCACUCUGGAGUUGUUGCGGGUCGUUUGCAUCCGGGGCAGGUAAAGACACCGAUGUACAGCACACCUUUCGGCACGUCUGUUUUUCCACGCUUAAACAUUCCGUCGGGGGCGAACGUUGGCGUGCGCCCACCUCGCCCGGUUGAGUGUUUCGCGUUACGUAGCUUUUCUGUUCAAAUGUGCUCACAGUAUUGCUUUUCGAAUGUAUUUCCACCCAGGUUUACUUUGCGUAUAUCUGGUCCAUUCCACAGCGGCGCCAUUUAACUUUUUGAUUACGCUGCAUCGCUGCACUUAAAGUUCAUAAAGGGCGAGAUUUCUCGACUAAUGUUAUUCAAACAGUUGGCUCGGUGUUGAAGCCAUUUUGUGUUUCGCAGCAUUGACCUCGUAGCGAGGAGGCCUUUUAUUCUUCCCCUCGCGUCCUGUUCGACAAAGUCCUGUCAGUGGUUUUCCCCAUUUACGAUUUGCCCGCUCUGCCUUUAUUUCCAUUUUGACAUCGUCAGCCGACAGUGAGGAAGCUCGACGUUCCCUGAUGUUUGUCGAAUGUUGUAAACGCAAAUGGAAAAACGGUACGUUUGAAGCGUGGCGGCCCGGAUGCUCGUGAAGCCCCGCAAGGUAAGCGUCAACAGGACGUGAGACGCAAAGCACGACGUAAAUGUAAGCGUUGCUACGUCACGAGGCGGCAAAAUGUUCUUUCGCGGCUUGCAUAUGACAAAACGGGAAUUUUGGCGACGGCUGCAGUCCGGUUUGUGCAUCUUUAACGUCUGUGUUGUGCUGCAUCCACAUCUGGAGAAUUGAUGGAUUUCUUGUCCAUCCUCUGCGUCGCCCUGUUCAUGCUAUAAAACUCGGACAGCGGCGACACUUUUGUGCUGAUUUUUUUUUUUUCUUUGAUUCGAACGCACUGCUCAUCACUGAUUUAAAAGGACUUUUAUUCAACUUUGGCUUCUUUGUUAUGAGUACUUUUAAUCAAAGGAUUGCGCUGAACAAGAAUCACUCCAAUAAACAUUUCCUAUGAUGCGUGGGCUCCGUUGUCCCGCGUGACUUUGGCAUAUGGUGAAAGUUGACUGGUUGGCAAAACGUUUUAAACAACGUGACGGCAAACGGGUUUGCGCGCUCUUCCUUGUCAUCCUGUCACCGUAAUUUCCGGCCUAUAAGCCGCCACUUUUUUCACACGCUUUCAACCCUGCGGUUUAUGCGGUGAUGCGGUUAAUUUGUGCAUUUUUUUUUUUCUAAUGGCUGGAAGGGGGCACUCGAGCGGAAAAGUUAAGAGUGAGACCGGUGGAAUAUAUGUGCCGAGGAAGUGACUUUUACCGGUAGUGUGUUACUGCAGUGUCUCAGUGAUUUUUUUUUUUUUUUUUUUUAAACCGGCCCUGUUAGCGCAGCGCUAGCGUUAGCGCCGCGGCACGAGGGUUAAACUCCCUGUGUACCGUCAGCUUUCUUUGUAAAUAUCUCGCGUUUCAAUGUAGGUUUCAAUGUGGCCACUUGCGGCUUUUACACGGCCGUGGCUUAUGUAUGUACCAAAUGGUAUUUCCUUUACAAAUGUACUGGGUGAGGCUUAUAACCAGGUGCACGCUGUAGGCCGGGAAUUACGGUAAUUCCCACAUAAUGUUGCAAUGAAAGUUGACACUUAUCAUUGGUAUUAAAUGUCGUCUUUUUUUGUUGUUUUUUUUCUUUUUCUGUACAUCUCAAAUGCCCCAAAUCUUCUGGACUACUUCAGGAUAUUUGGCCACACUUAUCGCCAGAAUCGGCAGGUUGAUUGACUGACAAAGACUGAGCUUUGGCCUUUCCCAAAGUUCAAUUUUUUCGCAAGUAUUAUCUACUUCAAAACCAGUUUUGACGCGUGUUUGGGUUCAAUGUCCGUUGGCAAGUCGACCAGUUGUCAAAAACGACUCCCCACAGAUCCAACCAGAAUGAUGCAAUUUUAUAUUUUUAUUCUCAAUGGCCACAAAAAGUGGUCGAGGCGAAACUUGCGAAGGGUCACUUAAGGCUGAACGAGUAAGUCAGUCCACCCUGGAAUCGUUCCGUCGUUGAGCUCACUGCAAAUGUACCUGGAAAUUUUCAUCAGGUUUCACUCCCAGCAAUGUGGCACGAAUGUAAAAGACGACACUCCGCCAUUAAAAAGAUCCAAACAUUA